ACAGAAUUAAUAUUUUCCCGAGGACUCAAAUUUCCCUCCCACCCCAGCCCAAUCAUAUACUGCAAGGAGUGCCUGCAUCCAGCAAAGCCCUGCCCCAAAACCCCAAUUUUUUCUUCUCCUCUGCUCCGACACGGCGGAACCCGCCGGUGAUUUGUAUACUUGGUAGGGACCAUGGCGAGCAGGUCGCAUUUGGUUGGAAUGGAAGUUCCCAUUAUCGGAAGUGACUCUAUCAAAUGGAUUCAGCUGUCUGUUCCUUCGUCAACAUCUAUUCCGGAAGCUACAGCUGCCGUACUGCCGGACCACCUCAGCAGAGACACCGCCUCCUACACGGUGUUUGGUGACCCUCCUACAUACAUAAUUUGGAGAAUUGACAGGAGCCAAGAAAAUGUUGUAGAGAUAAUGCAGCUAAAUGACAAUAAAGAGUUUCUAAAGAUUGGACUGCAGAUUGUAUUUCCAGAUGCACUUUUUCCAUCUACCCUGUUAUGCAAAAAUGAGACUAAUUUUCUGUCACGGGGACACUUCACACUUUAUGCUAUGACAAUCUCAGGGAUUGCUUUCCUCAUUAAGCUUAAAGAUAUUUCUACCUAUGUACCUAGUUCUGUUUUGUCAUCGAAUGAAGUCCUUGAGUGCAAUACUCAAAUGCAUUGUCAUCAUGGAGCAAUAACAAUGGCCACAUCAACAUCAGGGUGUAUAGUAGUUGGUCGAAAUGAUGGGUCUGUUUGCUGUUUCCAACUUGGCACAAUUGAACCUAGUGCUCCAGGUUUCGUAUUUGAGCUUCGUGAUGAUGUUGGCUUUGGUCGUUUAUGGGGCAUUAUGUCGAGGAGCAGAACUAUUGCUGCAGUGCAGGACUUGGUUAUAUCAGAGCUGUGUCAGAAAAAACUUCUUUUCGUGCUCCACUCUGAUGGAACAUUACGCGUGUGGUGCCUUUCAAAUCGCUCCAAAGUUUUGACUCAUACUAUGACUGGAGCACCAUGUGCCAGAUUAUGGGUGGGAAUGGAUGAUAGUGAUACUAAUAUAAUUCCAUUAGCUGUGUUACAAAAACAUCAUUCGGAAGUUGGAAUGGAGACUCUUUCUCUGUCUAGCCUAUAUUUCAGUGUUGGGGAUAAGAUUGAUUUGUCCCUAGAGUCCUCAACUCAAAGCAUUCCUUUGGAGAAGGGCAAUUUAGUUGAUCUGAAAUUUACUAAAAACCAAUUAUGGAUGCUCAGAGAAGAUGGAUUAGUAAUGCAAAAUUUAAUUAAUGGAAAUAUUGAAGAGGGAUUAGCUCAGUGCUACUCUUUACAGGAAGCUUUUGUUGCUGACCAGCUCUUUCAACACUGCGAAAAAUCCUCAGAUGAUUUGCUUUGGCUUUCGGGUGCUGUAUUAUCAUCUUCAAAGGAUGAAAUUGCUUCUUUUGUCUCUUAUAUCUUCUUACGUAGGUUGCUUCUUCCAGGAAUUCACCAUAAUACCAUUCUAAGAGCAACCUUACAAGAAUAUAACAAGCAUUUCACUGAUUCUGAGUUUGAUUCCUUGACAAUCAAUGGGCUAAAAAAUGAAAUCCUGUCACUUAUUGAGCAUGAGGGCGGUGCUGAAAGUCCAGUUUCAAUAGUUCACAGCUGGAAAUCCUUCUGUACCCGCUAUGUCCAUAAUUGGUGCCAAUACAAUGCAGCUCGUGCUUUGCUUGUUGAUUCAUCCACUGGAGCUGUUGGUUUGAUUAGGAAAAAUACAAUUUCUUUAUGCCGCAGUCUGAACAAUGUUGAGCUUCUCAUUUAUGGCUCUGAGUUGACUUUUAGUGCUGAUGAUCUUGAACGGGAAGUUCUCUUUGAGGUAUUGCAGUGCAGUAGUAAUCUCAGCCAGCAGUUGGGUCGAGCUUCUUCGGCAAUAUAUUAUGAGUCACUUCUUCGAACACCAACUUUAUCACCAGAAGAUGUUACUAUAUGCUUUAUUAAAACUUUAGAAUCUGGAUAUAGCCAAUCAGCACACCUCUACUCAUACCUUGGAGUUGAUGUGGCUCGGGAUAAGGAACUAUCUAAUCACAGAAAUCUAAGAAAAUUUUCUGUGAAUAUGUAUUUGUCCUUACACCAUUUGUACACAAGAGCUAUCACAUGGGCAAAAGUUCUGGAUGUGAUUGAGUGUUACUUGAAGCAUCUUGUGCCUCUCAAAGUUGAACAAAAUUUUGAUUAUCAAACAAUCUUAAAUAUCGACACUGCUGUUACAGUUCAAGCUACUUCUCAAGUUGCUAAAGUGAUGUUUGAAUCUACAUUAGAUGUAUAUAUGCUUCUAAGCUACAUGAUUAGCACGAGUGGGAAGAUCCACUUGUCCCAUAAUGAUGUUUCAAGAGUUAAACUCGAGCUAUUUCCUUUGAUCCUAGAGACGCUUACAGAAUGGCAUAUCAUCCACUAUUUUGCUACCACACCAUCUGAAUCACCCGUCAUUGAAGAUUUUAGCUCUCAACUUUCAUCUCUGCACCUUGAUAGCAAUGAUAAAAAAUCAUGGAAUGAAAAACUUGGAAAACCUGAUUGUACCCUUGCUAUUCUCCUGAUGCUUAGUAUCCAAAGUUCCUCAGAAGCCCAGAGCCACUUAUCGCUUAGAUGUCUUCCUGAUCCUACUCGCAUAAAAAGUUCUGUUCAGCAAUUUGCUAGCUGGAUUAUAUGGGGAAAGAGAAGUGAACAAUCAUCAGGUUUUUUGAGCCAUUCAAUUGAACUUGCUCUUAUCUUGCUUAGACACGCCCAAUAUGAUGCUGUUGAGUACAUGCUCAACUUGGUGGAUUCAUGUUUGAGGAAGGAGAAAUUUUCUGGAAGUCUUCAGAGUGUGUGCGGAGAGUGGCCCAAAAUCCUUCAUCUUCUUGGCUGCUCUCUUAUUGCACAGAUACAAUGUGGGUUGCAUGGAAUGCUAAAAGAGAAGAAAAUUUGUGAAGCAGUACGCUGUUUUUUUAGAGCUGCAUCAGCUGAAGGAGCUUCUAAGGCUUUGCAAAGUUUGCCACAUGAAGCAGGAUGUCUGUAUCUCGCUCAUAGUGGAUCGACGACAUCAUUCAAGCUUCAUUACUAUCAAUGGGCAAUGCAGAUCUUUGAACAAUAUAACAUGAGUCAGGCUGCGUGUCAAUUUGCACUAGCUGCACUUGAACUAGUUGAUGAAUCUUUUGGUGCUAAAGAUGGCGACUUGAGGGUUGAUCCUGUUAAUGAAUCACCUUCUGCUAUUAAGGGACGUCUUUGGGCAAAUGUGUUCAAGUUUACCCUAGACCUCAACUUGUAUUAUGAUGCAUACUGUGCAAUAGUCUCAAAUCCAGAUGAUGAAAGCAAAAAUAUAUGUUUGAGGCGUUUUGUUAUUGUUCUAUAUGAGCGCGGUGCAGUAAAGAUUCUUUGUGAUGGCACCCUACCUUUUAUUGGCUUAGCAGAGAAGGUGGAGAGAGAGCUUGCUUGGAAGGCUGAGCGUUCUGAUGUUUCAACCAAACCAAACCCAUUUAGAUUGCUCUAUGCAUUUGAGAUGCAGAGACAUAAUUGGCGCACAGCAGCAAGUUAUAUUUACUUGUACUCUUCUCAAUUAAGAACUAUGGCAGACAUCAGAGAUCACCAGCAUCGUUCCCUGCUUCUACAGGAAAGGCUGAAUGGUCUCUCUGCUGCUAUUAAUGCUCUCCAACUUGUUAAUCCUGCCAAUGCCUGGAUUGAUAGUCCUCUUGAUGACGGUUCUCCUGAUAACGAUCAUGUCCCAAGUAAAAAACCCAGGAUAGCUCUGGAAAAUGCUUCUGGCGAUGGUUCUCCAACACUAAGGCGAAGGUCCUACAUUGAUGUUCAGAAGCUUGAGAAUGAGUUCAUUUUGACAUCGGCUGAGUAUUUGCUCUCACUGGAAAAUAUUAAAUGGACUUUUACUGGAACUGAGAAACCCCCUCCAGAUACAGUUGACCUGUUGGUCGAGUCAAAUCUGUAUGAUUUGGCUUUUACAGUAAUUUUAAAGUUUUGGAACGGUUCAGCUUUGAAGAGGGAACUUGAAAAGGUGUUUGCCGCGAUGGCAUUAAAAUGCUGCCCAAGCAAACAACUUUCUUCUUCAGUUGGGAAUGAGUGUAGACUACAGAAUCUUCUUUUGUUGACAUCACAAGAUGAGAUGAUUGCUAAUGGUUCUCCAAAUGCGGUUCCAUUACCACAACAAUCUAAGGGAAAUAGCCAGUGGGGAACUCUUGAACUCUAUGUUGAUAAAUAUAAAGGAUUCCAUGGUAGAUUACCUGUUGUGGUUGCAGAAACGCUUCUUGCAGCUGAUCCUCAGAUUGAGUUACCCUUGUGGUUAGUUAAGAAGUUCAAGAGUGCUCAACGAGAAAGUAGUUGGGGUAUGGUUGGAAAUGAGUCAAACCCAGCAUCCUUGUUUCAAUUAUAUGUUGAUUAUGGACGAUUCACCGAAGCAACUAAUUUACUUCUGGAGUACAUAGAAUCUUUUGCAUGUUUGAGACCGAUGGAUGUGAUUCGCCGUAAAAGACCAUCAGCUGUGUGGUUUCCAUAUGCUCAUAUUGAGCGCUUGUGGUGUCAGCUGGAGCAGUCUAUCAGGCUGGGUCAUAUGGUUGACCAAAGUGAAAAGCUGAAGAGGUUGCUGCAUUCUGCUCUGAAGAACCAUCUAAAUCUUCUAAAAGUGGAUUCAGAUGAUGUGCUAUCUUCUGCUACAUAAUUGGCCAAUGCAAUGCCAUUCUAACUAGGUAAAAUAUGUUUUGUUACUGACCCUGACCCCCACCCCCCAAACUUUAAAUAUGCAAGACUACAAUAAGAUGUUGUAGUCUUAAUUAUAUUCUGUGGCACUGAAUUACCUACUAAAAACGAGAAUGUAUACUGUACACCCGGAUGUAUGUAGAGCUAGGUACACCUGCUCAAUAUUCAUCUUGAAUCAACAGAAUGUUCAUUUUCAACAGUAGUGUUUAUUCUGCACAAUGUUCAUUCUGAAACAGUCUAGUGUUUAUUUCGAAACAUGUUCAUUCUGAAACAACAUAGUAUUCAUUCUGAAACAACGUAGUGUUCAUUCUGAAACAUUUUUAAUUACAAGUUUCCCAUGAUGUAAAAGAGGAAUGUACAUCAGGUUGUAGCAUAUAAUUUGCCACUAAUAAACUUAGAGUUAUAAA